GCUUCGCAGACAAGAAGGGUACAGGCUUCUUGCCGGUCGAAAUACUGUAUAUGCUUUUUAAUAGGCGUUACUAAGGGGAAGGAGUUAUUUUGCCGAAUGUGAAGAAAUGCAUUAAUAAUCCUGCCUUUGACUGGAUACUAACCAAGCAUAAUUAUACGAAGUCUGACCGAAACUAAGAACCUGUUCGUUUUCAUAAAGAUAAACAAAGAUGACAAUACAGAUAUUCGAAGUUGGCAGCUCUCUUAUAGAGCAUACAGUGGAGAAGAUGGGUGACAACUUGACAUCAAUGAUUCUUGUAACGACCGCGUCCAUUCUCACUUUGGGAUACUUUUCCAAAUAUGUAUACAAACAGCUCCUGCCAUCUGACAAAAACCUGAAAUAUCCUCCAUACAUUCCCUCCAGCAUUCCUUUUCUUGGUCACGCGAUAGCCUUCGGAAAAAGCCCGAUCGAAUUCCUCGAAAAUGCAUAUGAGAAGUACGGGCCUGUGUUCAGCUUCACCAUGGUGGGCAAGACCUUCACCUACCUCCUGGGCAGCGAUGCAGCCACGUUGAUGUUCAACAGCAAAAAUGAGGACCUGAACGCCGAGGACGUGUACUCUCGGCUCACCACGCCGGUAUUCGGCAAAGGAGUGGCGUACGAUGUACCCAACCCCGUGUUUUUGGAGCAGAAGAAAAUGCUGAAGACUGGACUGAAUAUCGCUCACUUCAAACAGCAUGUCAAAAUAAUCGAGGAGGAGACGAGGGAUUACUUCAAACGCUGGGGGGAGAGCGGAGAGAAAAACCUGUUUGAGGCCCUGUCGGAGUUGAUCAUCCUGACCGCUAGCAGUUGUCUCCAUGGGAAAGAGAUCCGCAGCAUGCUGGACGAGAAGGUGGCCCAGCUGUACGCUGACCUGGAUGGGGGCUUUAGCCACGCUGCCUGGCUCCUACCCGGCUGGCUGCCCCUCCCCAGCUUCAGACGGAGAGACAGGGCACACCGGGAAAUCAAGAACAUCUUCUUCAAGGUCAUCCAGAAGCGUCGAGACUCAGGAGAAAAAGAGGACGACAUUCUCCAGACCCUCAUGGAUGCCACUUAUAAGAAUGGCCGGCCGUUGACAGACAGUGAGAUUGCCGGGAUGCUGAUCGGCCUGCUGCUGGCAGGACAGCACACUUCCUCCACCACCAGCUCCUGGAUGGGCUUCUUCCUGGCCCGGGACAGGGCGCUGCAGGACCGCUGCUACGCUGAGCAGAAGGCCGUGUGCGGGGAGGACCUGCCUCCUCUCGACUAUGACCAGUUGAAGGAUUUGACUCUUUUGGACCGCUGUCUCAAAGAGACCCUGAGACUCCGCCCGCCCAUCAUGACAAUGAUGAGAAUGGCCAGAUCUCCCCAGAUGGUUGCUGGCUACAACAUCCCAGCUGGGCACCAGGUAUGUGUCUCCCCCACGGUCAACCACCGCCUGUCGGACACCUGGAUGGAGAGGCUGGACUUCAACCCCGAGCGCUACCUUCACGAAAACCCGGCCGCGGGGGAAAAGUUUGCCUAUGUGCCUUUUGGAGCCGGUCGCCAUCGUUGCAUCGGUGAGAAUUUCGCCUACGUUCAGAUCAAGACCAUCUGGUCCACUAUGCUGCGUCUGUAUGACUUUGAGCUGGUCGAUGGCUACUUCCCCACCGUGAACUACACCACUAUGAUUCACACGCCCCACAACCCCACGAUCAGAUACAAACGCCGACAACACUGAGAUACUUAGCAGGCAGCUGUUUCAGAGUCAGUUACCAGCGCAGAAGGUGGAACAACAUGCUAUCCUAAUCAGAUGUAUCCCUGUCCAGGUUAUCGCCAAAAGUCUGUUAAAAAGAUCUCAGCUGCUUGGGUAGUUUCAAGCAAUAAGGUCACAGUGAUGUCGGAAAAUCAGACAGUAGAGGGUGCAUGUCGAAGCUUGAUACUGUAUAGCCUUAAAGUCCAUUUCACAAAAUAAUAUAUUUGCUGUAGCUAAGUAGUGGCAAAAAAGGAAGACAUUUCAUCUGAAGGUGACUAAACUAUUUAGCUGAUAAUGUCCCGCCUUAAUCCAUAUGAUCUUAUCACCUUGAACAGACCAGUCAGCACAAGAUGUCCUUAGCAGGUUUUGUUACUACGUGGACCGGGGUAUGCCUCGUCCCUUUGCUCCUCAGUGAGGAUAUUAAAUAAAGGAAGGUCUGAUUUAAAAAAAAGCUCAUAGUUUUAAUUGCAUUGUUGUUCCUUGCUCAUCUGGUCAGACCUGCCUAAAAAGAGCAGGAGUCCUAAGAUGUCCAGCUAAAGCAUGUCCAUACGUUCUGUGGGGGUUCUAUCCUGUGUGAUCUGUCAUGGUUGCUUGUCGUGAUUUGUAUUGAAAUGUUUCAGUCUCUUUUUUAUGUGGCUAAAACAAAAGGGUAUUAUACCAUUCCCCAUUAAAUAAAGACCAAUAUGGUGGUGGCGGACCUCAUAUUUUUGGGAAAAAAAGAUGAAAUAUUGGUGUUUACAUUAAUUUAAUUGUUUCCUGUAAAUUGCUGAAAAACUGCUUCAUAAUAAUAAAUAAUAAUAAUAACAACAGCAACUACAGUGAAUAAGUAAACAUAUUAUCCAGUGAAAAUUUCACAUGUAAUACCCUAUAUAGUAUGUAGUACAUCUUGAUGACUGAGUUUAGUGCUUUCAAAGCCCAGUUAGCCUGGAGCCAA